AUUAUACAUUUUAUAGAUGAAGACAACGAAAAAAAGCAUAGAUUUAAGAUAUCCCACAUAUUAGUAACAUAUUAGAAAUGGUUUGUGAGUUAAACGUUGUAUAUUUUUUAAUCGCUGGGUUAAGUUGGGAAGGGGGUGACAGUGGGGUUUGGGGGAUUUAUAUUUGCCUUGCUUAUAGAAUUAACAUGUCAGCCAAAUCUACAAGAGUGGAACAGCUCUUUGAUAUUUAGUUAGCAUAAAAAUGUAAUUGUAAAAAUGGAAUCGUAAACGUAAUGUGAAUAAUUAUGGGGAUUUCUGUGUUUUGCUCAAACGAUGUCUUUAGGCCCAAGGUAAGAUUCUAUGCAUGCUUUCUUUGACUUAAUAAAACAUUCCAGUUUCAGCAUUUAGUGUAACAUUUAUACAAUCCAAAUAUAGACAACAGCCCCAAUGUUUGGAUUUUGCAUCUUUCUGUUUUAAUCAAGUGUCUGGUCUUUUCCCAUUUGCCUAAACAUAGAACUUUCUAUUUAAAUGGUGCAAUUUUUUUAAAGCGUCGUUAGUAUAAAUAUUUUCUUGAUUUUUUAGCAUAUAGAAUUUUGAAAUCAACGUAAUUUUCUUUAAGUACAUUCAAAUAAUUGGGCUAGGGCGGUAAGCUAAUAAAAAUAGUUUGUUGUUUGAAUGGGUAAUUUUUUUUUUUCAGUAUUUCUUGUAGACUUCCGCGCAAGGUACCUGAAGAUCUUUGUGAACAGAUUAACCAGUAGUACAAGAGACAUGGACGCCACCUGGACAUUUACCAACCUUAUUUUGGUAGCAGCCCUGGUUAUGUGUUCAAAAGCAUGGCGUCUCAAUGUUACGUCAGAAGAAAUAGAAAUCGGCAAGACAGCACAAGUUUCUCUGAACUGUUUCAACCCCUAUCAGCAGCCAGACAUUUCGGAAAUUCUAUUGAUGAGAAUCCAGAAAAAACAGCUGAGCGGAUGGUUCAGUGUUGCGGAACUUCGCGACGAUGAUGUGGACGUCAGACUAACAGCUAAAGAUGUGACCGCUACUGGCAGCAUUGUCUCCGGGGCUAACAGUUAUAUGCGGCUUUCUUGGCCAUUGGCAACUAACGAUACAAUCGGUUUGUACCGUUGUGAUGUCACUAUUUUAAAUUCCCACGGCAGUGUCGGGUGGCAGAAAAGCCUACCGAUUUCCAUCACUCAUAAGAGUGACGUCACGGUUCAGAUCCUCAGUGAAAUGGUAGAAGAGAACAAGAGACAGUGUAUGCAACAAAAACAAGACAUCCAGGAAUACGUAGCAGCAGCCAUAGAGGAGAACAAGAAAAAUGGUCUUAAGGAAAAACAAGACGUUCUCCAGAAUAUGACGGCAACCCUGAAGGCGCUUGAAGCAAGUUUCGAUAGCAAGUUGGACAGCAAGAUACAGGCUCUGAGUCACACCGUGGAACUAUACAAAAGAGAAUGUCCUCAUCAACUGCUAUCCCACAAACGCCAGAUUCUGGAGAACGUGGCAGCUGCCUUGGACAGGAACAGGAAAGAAGGUCUUCAACAGAGCCAAGACCUCCUGGUUAACGUGACGUCCAUCAUGGAGGAUCUUGAAGCCAGUUUUGAGAGCAAGUUGAGCGUUGUCAAAAGCCAGUUAAUGCCUCAGUCGUGCGCUGGUGCUAAAGGUUUGGGAAUUCAGCCAGUGCUCCAUCUCUCUAGCAAUCAGCUUGUAGUCUGUGACACAGUAAUGGAUAAAGAUGGUUGGAUCGUGAUUCAGUUAUGUCUACAGAGACGUGCUUCGGCGGACGUUGACUUUUUUCGUGGUUGGGCGGACUAUAAAAACGGUUUCGGCGACCUAUCUGGCAAUUUCUGGCUCGGACUAGAGAAAAUCCACCAACUGACAAGUCAGGUAAGUUGUUUACAUUUUGAUACAAUGGACUGUCCAAACACAUUGUCCUCACGUUCUCAUCACCAGGGGAGAUACGAACUGAGGUUCGAUUUGAGAUUCCAGGGAAAAAACUACUACGCCAGCUACAACAAGUUUUCACUAUCUGGAGAAAAAGAAAAUUACAGAAUUCAGAUUUCUGGAUUUUCGGGUAAUGUAAAAGAUAGAGACAUGGCGUAUCACAAUGGCGAGCAGUUUUCAACCAAAGACCGUGACAACGACUCGUGGGGUGACAACUGUGCCAAGACCUAUCACGGAGCUUGGUGGUACAAGAGCUGCCAUCAUGUGAACCUCAACGGACUGUGGGGCAGUACAGGAGGCGCGAAGGGCUUGAGAUGGCUUAGUGUAACGGCUGGUACCGUCUCCUUCAGCGAAAUGAAGAUUCGACCAUUUUCUGAGUGACGGCGUCAUUAGACUGAGACUGAAGAAUACCCCAGUGGUAUAAUACCUAGAUGUGUGCGUGUUGUGUUUGUUGAUUUUUUUUUUCGUUUUUUCUUUUUUUCGGAUAAAAGCACACUGAUAGAAAAACUCCUAAAUCUCUAGAGGUGUUGAACAU